AUGCACCGCCAGCAUCACUGCCUCCUCGACAUUCGUCCCUCCGCCGUUGAACGUCUCACCGACAUGGGCAUUCCACCCAUCGUCUUGUUAACCGAUCCACUCUCGUAUCGCGAGCUUUGCAUGCUCGACGGAUCCGACAUAGUUGCUGAGAUGCCGACUGGUGCUUUCAACGCAUCUUGUCAUAGGUUGCAUCAAAAUCCACAUCAGCUGCAACUUUCGGCUUCAGAGAACUGUCCAAAAAUCGACAAUUCCAUCACAAUAUUCCGCGACCCGGCUGUCAAGAGGAUGUAUGAGGGAAGAGGCGCUCACGCGGCAGACGCACGAGGUACAGCUUCAAGUUCGUUUGGAAAGUCAGAUUCAAGAGAUUCAACGGCGAAUUCAAUGUGGCAAGAGUUGUGUCGUUUGCGUGCCAGCGCAGGCCAUUUAAUCACGGACACAAUACCGCUCCUUAAACCCAACGAUCCU